AAGGGGAGAGGCGAUUCACGAACCAUGAUCCAAAACCUUUUGAUGCGGAUCUUGACGGAUACUGAAACUCAAAAUCGGCUUCCUACACUGCCAUUCGCCUCUGCCUCUCGAACUCCAAAACUAGCUUCCUUUGCACCGGAUGUUCUUAGUUGCAAUGAAUUGACCAUCAUGAUCCCGCAUAAUGAAUCCCAAGUCUACAAAACCAUUCACAAGUCCUACAGAGGCAUCCACAUCAACUUCGAGGAAAUCAAAGGCCAGGACGGGAGAACAUACAGGCUAAGAAUAUCCAACGUGGGGCUACAAAACACGGUGAAUUUCCGAGUCCAAAACCACGUGAUGAGACUGGUGGAAGUGGAGGGGACCCACACCCAACAGGUGGACCUCCGGUCAAUUGAUGUCCACGUCGGCCAAUCUUACUCCGUCCUCUUCACCGCCGAUCAGCCGGCGAUGGACUACUAUUUCGUCGUCAACACCCCUUUCACCACCAAGAAAGGGCUCGUCACCACCGCAGUCCUCCACUACGCAGACCAAUCUGCCCGCCCCGUCUUCCGUGACUUCCGCCGCUCCGGCCACCUCAAGUGGUCAAGGGACCAAGCCACAUCCAUCAACUUCGUUGACCCGGAGACUCCGCUCCUCCUCGCCGACCACUUCCGCAUCCCCGGCGUCUACGCGCCGGGAAGCAUGCCGGCCGCACCUCCCACGACCACCGCCGGAUACGGGGAAUUCCGGACCGAAACCGCCGUCAUGGGGGCGAGUUUCAGGGAAUUCGUCGAGAUUGUGCUCCAGAACAACGAGAAAACUCUUCAGACAUUUCACAUUAACGGACACAAUUUCUUUGUUGUCGGGAUGGGUUGGGGUGGAUGGAAUUGUGCCAAUAGGACGGCUUAUAAUCUUAAAGAUGCCGUUGCACGUGUCACCACUCAGGUGUAUCCGAAGUCAUGGACAGCCAUUUAUGUGGCUCUGGACAGCGUGGGGAUAUGGAAUGUGAGAUCUGAGCAUUGGGAAAGAAAGAAUGGAGUGAUGAACAGGGGGAACCCAUACCAAGAUGGGAUGAGUGGGACCAAUUGCCCAAUCCCACCGGGGCAAAACUUCACAUACAAGCUACAGCUCAAGGACCAAAUCGGAACCUUCUUCUACUUCCCGUCGCUGGCUUUCCACAAGGCCGCCGGCGGCUUCGGACCCAUUGCCAUUUUGAACCGCUCCGUCAUCCCUCUCCCCUUCCCCCCGCCGGCCGAUGAAUUCACUUUCCUCAUCGGAGACUGGUACAACGCCACUCAUUCGGCAUUGAAAGGAAUUCUUGAUGAGGGGGGAAAUGUUGAUGGUGGCCAGAACAAGAGUUUGCUGCCUCCUCCUGAUGCAAUCCUUAUCAAUGGGAAUGGCCCUAAGGGACUUAACAAUGAUAGUGGUUGGAAUUUCACCCUUGAAGCAGGAAAAACGUACCGAUUGAGAAUAUCUAACGUGGGACUGGAGAGUUCCCUGAAUUUCCGGAUCCAAGGCCACGCCAUGACAUUGGUCGAGGUAGAGGGGACAUACACACAACAGAAAGUCCUAAGCUCUAUCGACGUUCAUGUCGGACAGUCCUAUUCCGUUCUCGUGACGGCCGACCAGACUCCCAAGGCUUACUACGUCGUCGUUUCGAGCCGCUUCGCCCGGAGCAACCUAACUGCCACCGCGACACUUCGCUAUAACGGCACCGACCUGUCAGCGGCUCCCGUUGGGCCCAUCCCCGAAGCACCCCCCGCUCUUGACAUUAAUUCGGCUAUGGCAUCUUCCUUGAACGAUAUAAGGACCAAUCUAACCGCGAGUGGAGCACGACCAAACGCACAAGGCACAUUUCAUUACGGUACGAUUAACGUGACAAGGGCUAUAACUCUGGCCAACUCCGCCGGUCCGGUGGCCGGAAAGCUGAGAUACGCCGUCAACGGCGGGUCUUAUGUGGGGCCAACUGACGGCACUCCGCUCCAGCUUGCCGACGACUUUGGCAUCCCGAACGUCUACGUGCCCGGAAACAUGCCGAACGAUUCGUCCAUUGCGGGUCCCGUUCGCACCGACACCUUCGUCAUGAAUGCGGACUACAGGGAUUUCUUCGAAGUCGUGUUUCAGAACGACGAGGAUACGAUGCAGACGUGGCACUUCAACGGAAUCACGUUUUUUGUCGUGGGAAUGGGGGCCAACAAAUGGACAAACGCCAGCAGGAAUUCAUACAAUCUUAACGAUGCAAUUUCGCGAUCUACGACUCAAGUAUAUCCGAAUUCGUGGACAGCAGUACUUGUGUAUCUGUCGAAUGGAGGGAUGUGGAAUGUGAGAUCCGAGGUUUGGGCAAGGCAAUACCUCGGACAACAAUUCUACUUGAGAGUUUUCAUGACUUACCCAUUUCCCAAGGAAAAACGCCCCGUUCCCGAUAACGUCAUCCGAUGCGGGAGAGCUAUUAAUCGUUUCACGCCUCCGCCUCCGCUAACCCCACCCGCUCGAUCCCCCGCACCCACUCCGAUCCGUCCCCGGCCACUACCUUAAUUGUGCCCUAAUUGUACGUUGUGAUUGUUAUUGUAAUGUAUGUCACAUAUAUAUGUGGCAUAAGUGGAACAAAAAUGUUUAUUUUGAGUCGCAUUAAUAUUUUCAAGUGUAUGUACUCGAGCUUAUACAAAGAAUAUGAGAUGUUUUCUUGAAAUCUAAUUUUGUUUUAAGGCCGAUGGUGUCUCGCAAUAAGUUUGGUUUUGUGCCAUUAUUUUAUUUUCUCUCCUCGAUAAUUUUUGUUUAUUUAAGUGUUUUUAUUGAUUAUUUGAUAAAAUUAAAUAUUCUUGUCACCU